AUAAUGGUGAAAAACCAAAAAAAACCAUCUAACUCUUUCAUAAUUUAUCGUACAUUAUUUCAAAAAGAAGUCGAAAAACAUAGUUUAAAAAUACCUAUACGAAAAUUAUCAAAAAUGAUUGGUGAAUGUUGGGGAAAAGAAUCAAAAAUUGUGAAAGAUGAAUAUGAAAGAAUCUCUAAAGAAAUUGAAAAAAAAUACUAUGAAAAAUGGCCUAUUCCUUAUAAAAUUCAAUAUAAAAAUGAAUUUAUAUUAGGUGAAGAAAAAAAUAUUAUUGAUAAUAAUAUUAAUAACAAUAAUAAUAUUAAUAAUAUUAAUAAUCAAUACAAUAAUAUUAAUAAUGUUGAUAAUCAAUAUAUUAAUUAUGAUGAUAGUAGAAAUAAUUUUUUUUCAAAUCCAGAUAAUAACUGUAUGAUUAUUUACCAUCAAAAUAUGAUUAAUAAUCAUCAAUUCAUGGUUAAUUUUCAUUAUAAAGAGAGUUUUUAUAUAAAAUUGCCAUCACCUCCAAAUAUAGAAAAUAUCGAUGAUUUAAUCAAGACAAAAAAAAAUAAAAAAUCAAAGAAACCACCUAAUAUUUUUUUCAUUUAUCGUAAAAUUUACGUAAAGGAACUUCAGUCAAAAUUUAGUGAUCUUCCACAAAUGAACUUUCUCUCUCCUAUAAUUGCUAAAUCUUGGCACAGAGAAGAACAACACAUAAAAGAAGAAUAUGAAAAUCUUGCUAAUAUAGUCACAAAUCAUUUCUAUGAAUUAUAUCCUAAUAAUGAUAAAAAUUUCUUUAUUCCAAAAUCUAAUAAUAGUAAAAUUAACGAUUCUAAUGAUCAAAUGAAUAAUUUAGAAAUUAAUAAUCAUGAUUUACAAUAUCAAGAAAAUCUUCAACAAAAUAUAAUUAAUAAAAAUUAUCAAAACAU